AUGGCUCCAGAUAUGAUGAAAGCUGCCAUCUACAAAGAGGCCGGUCAACCCCUCGUCAUCGAACAAGUCCCCGUCCCGACACCAACAGGGAGGAACGUCCUGGUGCGAGUCCAGGUGGCAUCACUCUGCCACUCAGAUGUUCUCAUUACCUCUGGCAAAGGUAGUCCUAUCCCCCUUCCCCAAAUUAUCGGUCACGAAGCCAUCUCCACCGUCGAAGCUCUGGGACCCGAUGCAGCACCCUUUGGCAUCAAGCCCGGCGAUCGUAUCGGUGCCCCGCUGUGGCAGGACAUGUGUCUCGAGUGCUGGGAAUGCAAGAAUAUCGGGCCUCAGUAUUGCCCCAAAAUUACUAUGCGCGGAAUAAACUGUGCCGGGUACUUUGCCGAAUAUGCCCUCGUGGACGCGGCGACGGCAGUGGUUAUCCCACAGAUAGAUGAUGCCGAUGUCUCGCCAGCGCAGCUAUCGCCUAUCUUCUGCGCGGGGAUUACAGUCUGGGAUGCUCUUGAGCGCGCAGAGAUUAAACCUGGAGAAACGGUUGCUAUUGUGGGGGUUGGUGGGCUGGGCGAGAUUGCGACCAAGUAUGCGCAUGCACUUGGGGCAAGGGUUUUGGGGUUGGAUAUUCAUGAUGGGCAGUUGGAGAGUGUUAGGGAUGGUGGAAGUGCAGAUGAAAUAUUGAAUACGCGAGACCUGCAGCCUCAAGAUGUGCGGGCGCGUAUUGCAGCGAUGAACCAUGGGAGGAUGGUCGAUGCUGUUGUUGUUACUUCGGGUUCGAUCCCGGCAUAUCAAACUGCAAUUUCGAUCUUGAGGGUCGAUGGACGGUUGAUGGUUGUUGGGAUUCCCUCCGAGCCAUUGCCGCUUAAUCUGGGCCAAGUUUCGCUUCAGUCUUUCAGGAUCCUUGGAGCUAAAGCGGCCGGCCAAUUAGGAGCUACGCGAUGUCUAGAGUUCUCGCUAAGAAAGGGGAUUUAUCCCAAGAUCAACCCGAGGAAGUUUCAGCUUGAGGAAAUCAAUGAGAUGAUAGCGCUGAUGGAAGCUGGGAAGGUGCAUGAGGGGAGAAUGACAGUGCAAUUCUUCUAG